UCAUAAUCUCACUCUCAUAAUCUCACUCUCACAAUCUCACAAUCUCACAAUCUCAUAAUCUCAUAAUCUCACAAUCUCACAAUUUCUCUUAUCAACAACCAGCCAUCUAUCAUCGAUUUCGACAUUUUGUGGACGAGAACCACUAACUUUUCUCAAGACUGUUGCAUUACAUCGCCGACACUUUCAAUCAUAUCACUGCCCAGAGCACAAUGCCAAAAUCACCAAAUUCCGAUAACAUCGAUAAAGGCUCUAAAGAUAAUCAAUCACAUUCCGAUAACCCCUUCAUUCGUUUCAGACACUUCGCCGAUGAGCACGUCAGUUCAAUUCUUCAAGGCUUCAUUGGACUGCCAUCUGCAUUUGCCAAGCCCCAAAGUCAUUCGCAAUGGUCCGUAUUCGAUGAGGAUUUAAGAAGAAGAGAUGAAUUACAAGCAAGGCGGAGGGAAUUGAAGGAGGCCGAAGAGGCAAAAAGUGGGAAACGAACAACAUCGGAGAAUGAUAAAGUCCAAAUACCUGUCAAGGAAUCACAAACCUCUCAUAACCAAAUGGAUUUUGAUCACCUCUUUCCUGACCGGACGAUGAAUAUUUUCUCUUACGAUAUUCCACUUUAUUCGCCCGUGCAUUCGCCAUUGGCCGCUCCAUUCCCUGAUAACCUCAGGCAUACUAUGAGUUCUUUCGCUGCCGUGAUGUUAUACAGGGCCGAUGCGAAUGACAUUUCACUAAUGCCUUAUCUUCUUUGCUCGCCAUAUUCGCCCCUAAUUCUAUCCGUUGGUCAAUCUAUCCUUGCGCAUCAUAGAACAUAUGAUAUGCAGAGUAGAAGUAUCGGAAGGUGCGGUGGGACUCAUGGGGCUGCUCCUCGAGACGAUUUCCCUUAUCGCGAAGCAUUUGAAGACCUACUUCUUACUAGCCAAGGUAGAAGUCGGCACAUAGAAGUUCCAUCCAAACACAUCAACUCAAAAGCCAGUUCAGAACCGGGAAGCAUUAGUUCAACAGUAGAGAGUGGAUUGAAUUGGAUUGAACGACUUCGAGCACUGGGCAUACUCCAUCUGCGUAGUUCGGAUUUAAACAAUGCGUCGAAUGAGUCUCGCUCGUUUGAAGAGGAGAAAGACGCUAGCAAUCAAGAUUCAAGUCCAUCUAUCGCCUGGAUCAAACUUUUGAUGAAGGAUGCCGAGACCGAAGAACAAAUGUACGAGAGUUUCCUCACCAAUGCAUCUACAACGCCUGAUCAAUUCUUAACCAAAGUCGAGUCUACCCUCACUGCCGUGGAAAGAUUAAUGAAGAGCAAGAGUAUUUCACUCGAAGAACCUGGGGGAGCAGCUUUCUCGGACGCGCAAGGCGUACAUACGAGUGAGAAAUCAAUAUCACAACCAACGGAACCAAAGCGAGAAGUAUGUUCAAGCUCAACCGUUGAACAUUACACCAAUGAAGAUGGAAGUGUGGAAACAACAAUUCGUGUAUGGAAAAGAUUUGAUGAUGGAAGUGAAACAGAAACAACAUCUAGCCAUACAGUUGACAAAGCAACCCGACUUGGUGAUCUCGCUAGUGCUGGUUUCCAUCCUAUCGAGUCAAAGCAACGUGAAGUGGAGACUAAUGAUCAGGACAACAAGUCACGAGCCAAGAAGAAUACAAAACCAGGCUGGUUUUGGAAUUGAAUGGCUGGACGUUUGUUGUUUUGGGUUUGUAUAUUACAGGUAGGACAGGCAUUUGGAGUUCGGUGAUUGGAUAAGAAUGCAAACCUUUCGAUUCGCAAUACAGUAUGCUACAUUCGUCAAUUACUUUUAUAAAUACCAAGCUUGGGCGGCAGAUGUUGACUAAAUUUGUGGCACUCGUUUGAUUUUUAUUACGGAAUGCUGAAGAAUAAUUGGAGCGGAGAAUUUAAGGCGCAUGACCCCAUAUUUGCUUCUCCAUGGGGAACAUUUCCCCUGUUUUCCAUUCAAUGAUGCAACUUCUUCAAACCCGGUUCUAACUCCUACUACAAUAAAGAAUUAAAUCCAUGGCUUGCUCUCUCCGAAUAC